GGUUGGUGAGUUUGUAUAUAAAUACAACUUCACUGCUCUGCUGCAUCUUCUCUGAAGCCAAAACAUUUGAUAAUCUGAUUCCAAUUUUCCAAAACAGUUGCAGGAGGGAUGAGAAGCACAACAACAGAAGAGUGGUUGCUUCCCUUGCUGCGUGGAUUCAGAUUCCAUCCCACUGAGGAGGAAAUGGUGAACCUUUUGAGGAAGAAGAUGGAGGGCCAGAGCUCCCAAGCCAUGCCUGAAAUCGACUACAAGCCUUGGAAUUUACCUGAUAAUGAAUCUGUCUCACUUUUUCUUCGCUUCUUGAAGCAGAUGAUGCAGGGUAAGGCCUCCCAAGCCUGCCACAUCAUCCCUGAAAUUGAUGUCUGCAAGUACGAGCCUUCGGAUUUAGCUGAGCUCUUGUUCCCAGACUCUCCAUAUCAACCUAGGAUGUGGUUUUCCUUCAGCCGACCUCAUUACAAAUCCAUCAACAGUCUUCGUUACAACAGGGCCACAAAGAAGGGAUUCUGGAAAAUCACAGGCAAGCCACGAGAAAUCAAGUCUCAACAACUCUCCAAAUCGGUCACUUGCAAAAAGAGGACCUUGACAUUCCAUGAAGGUCGUGUGUCUAAGUCGACGAAGACCGACUGGGUCAUGCAGGAGUAUUAUCUCACUAAAACUGAAUCGGGUUCUAUUCCCAAUCAGCUGAGUGACUUUGUUCUCUGCCGCAUGAAGAAUAAGUCAGCUCAUUAUGAGUCUGAUAAUAAGAAGCUGAAGGAUGCUUCAAUCUGUGAUGAAUCAGCUGAUCCUGGUAUUGGUGGCUACAUGGCCUCAAAUUCUGAAGCUGAUCAAGCUCCUGCAAAUAAUAUGAUUCCGGAGGCCGACAGACAUCUGGCAGACAAAGAGCUAGAACAUGAUCUGCCUGGAAGUGGCAAUCAUGAUGCUGGUGAACCUGGUGGCUGUGUUUCAUCUGAUUGUGAUGAUAUGAUUCAAGAGCAAGAACAUCUGGAUUCACCUUCUCCUCCUCCUGAGCUGCCUCGGCCACACCAGCUACCUCAGUUGGGAAAUGUUCAUGGUAGUACUGGUGACUACAUUGCCUCUAUUUCUGAUAACCAAGUUGCUGCUAUCCAUCAUAUGAUUACAGAAGAAGAAGAACUUUUGGCCUUCAAAGAGCUAGAACGUGUUCUUCUUGGCAGUGGCAAUCCUGAUGAUGGUGAACCUGGUAGCUGUGUUUCUGAUGUGCUUCAAGAGUUAUGUGCUCCGCUAGGAGAAGAUCUGGAUUCACCUGUUCCUCCUCCUGGGCCACCUGAGCUCGGAAAUGCUCCUGAUGUCUAUUCUGAUGAAUGCAGUAGCUGGCCAUCCCAAAUUGAGGAUAAUGAUUCUUCUCUUCCAAACAAGAAUAAUAUUCCAACCAAUUAUGACAGCAAGCCAGUUAGCAACACAGCCUCAAACUUUGAGAAUCAAACUAAAGAUGAAAGGAUUCCUGAGGUUUAUUCUCAAUCAGAAGAAAAUCUGCAAUGGUUCUUUCGUUCACUUGAGGUAGAGGAUUACACAUUGCCUUCCUCAAUAUUAUACGCGGAACAGGGAGAUGGUCUGCAUGCCAAUAACUUUAUUGGAUGCAAUGAGUCGCAAUGUGCGGCUCUUUUCCCACAAAGUUCUUGAGUAACAAAAACAUCAUAAACUCUUUCCAAUGACUACAACCUACCAAAAUCAUUGGGAAGGGUUUAUGAUGAGUAUGGUGGAGUACAACAGUGACACAAACACUGAAGUACUCCAUGUAAAGAUUAUUUGCAUUAGCUAUUGGAGAAACACUCCAUUAUGGUUAAUGAACCAGAACAUUUUAUUUAUAGGAGAAUAUCAAAGGGGACUUAUAAACAACAAGAGCCCUUGUAAGAAUGUGUCUCAAACUCACAUUAUUACAGACUGAUAUUCUCCUACAAAUAUUUCACAAAUGACAUAAGUUACUAGUCUGUCACACACAGCAAGGGUUUUGGGCAAUUAUGUCCAAAAUCUUUGAUGUGUGUGUAACCCCAAAAAAAAAACAAAAACAAAACCAAAAAAAAAGAAAAAGAGAAGAAGCUGUGUCCCAGCAUCCCCAAGUUUUGGAAACUUCAACCUUAAUUGGUAGGUGAACUUGUUGGUACAAAGAAAGACCAGCAAAUGCAAAUGGUUGAAAUGCCAUCUGGAACUCUCUACCCUUCUCUGAAUGCAACGAGUCCAGAUGAAGUAAGAUGUGUUUUCUCGGAAGCAGUCUUUUGGAGAUGGCACUUCCCCUAUCAACACAAACUACAGAUAUUCCUCAGAUCAGUAGUCUUCUUGAACUAGUAUAUCUAUCCUACAAGUCGAAGAACACACAACCUCCAUAUCAACCAAUAUCCAUUCACGUCUUCGCUGCACACAUGGGAGGUGCUCCUAGAAGAAUCCGAGUGCAGAGUAGUAUCACAACACAAGGUCAGGGAAGCUGAAGCUCAUUGUAUUGCCGUUCAUACUGUUUGAAGCAGGCACGGAAUGGGCAGCUGGCACCAAAUUGAAGGGUUCGUUUACUUUCCUGGAAGCAUCUCCUUCAAGCCGUAAACCAAGUUCCCCCAUGGUACUAUAAUAUUUCAAUACCUAGUUCUAGUUGAAUAGCCUUACAGGCUUGCUUUUGUUCUACAGUCACGAUCAUUAUAGAAGUGGCGCUAUACACAGAAGCUUCUGCUACAUGGAUGCUGGAGUCUCAGGUUACUAUAUUGGUAUAACCAGACACUAGUCUGAUGUUCUGGUUACUGAUAUAGAAUCUUUGAACUCCAUCCUUACUGGAGUAGUUGUUACUAGUUACAGUCAUUUCCAAAAUGUACGAUUAUUUUUGUAUUUGGAAGGUCUUAAACCUAUCAGUGACCUCCCACCAAAAAUUGUACCCUGAAUAUUGUCCUUGUGAAUGUUGUUUAUUUCAAACA